AUUUGAUGGGUCAGAGCGGUCCCUGUCGGAGGGACCUGGAAACUGUGCGUCAACUUUUCCACCCACCUCGGCAACUUUCUAACCGUUGAGAACUUUACAAUUGAAUCCUUUGAGAAGACAUUCCUGAGGUGGAAUCGAUUAAAUUUAAAACAAAGUGACUGCAGUAGCUGGGAGGUUGAGGAAAGAGUUCGGCAAUUAUAUCGUGUAUUCUGUUUGGGUCACAAGUAUGAGAAUACGACGUUCUUCUAAAAAGUACUUGAUAGUGCAUUUCAUGCAUGUGGCAGACUCCUGGCAAUACAAGUCAUAGGGUGUGCAUGGAUACAUAUAGCUACAGAUACGAGAUGUCAAUGUGUGCACAUAGGUCUGAGAAUCAUCGCGGAGAACACCCACAUCACCACUGUCUUGCAGUUCUGUCGCGUAUGAUACGUGGAACCUAUAUCUGUUGUGACUUUUCGGCACUUACAGUCUCUGGAUAUCAUCUAGCACCACAUGAUCAGCAGUGGGCGAUUUAAACUUGUGGCAUUCGUGCACGAAAGGCAUGGAGGAAGUCAUGAGAGCGUCCUUCAGUUCUGGAUCAGUAGUCGCGUUUGUGAUCAUAGCCACGUUGUCAUAUCUGUGGAUAUUUCGAUGGCGGCAGCGGCACCGGAUAGAGCCUAAGGAAUGGCCCAUCAUUGGUGGAGCACUGGAGACAAUUCAGCACUUCGACGUCAUGCACGACUGGAUUCUGUCGUAUUUCAACAAAGGGCUCAAAACAUUUCAUGUCAAGUACCCCGGGAUCACGUACACUUACACUAUCGACCCCAACAAUAUCGAGUACAUCCUGAAGACUAACUUCGCAAACUUCCCCAAGGGGGAGUUGUACCACAGACACAUGGAGACGCUUCUAGGUGACGGGAUCUUCAAUAGCGAUGGGGAAGCGUGGCGCCAGCAGAGGAAGACGGCGAGCUUCGAGUUUACGUCUAGGGUUCUCCGCGACUACAGCACUGUGGUUUUCCGGGAGAAUGCGCUCAAAGUUGGGGAUAUUCUCUCAUCGGUGUGUCAGAAGCAUCAACCCAUCGACAUGCAGGAUCUUUUUAUGAGGUUUACUUUGGAGGGCAUCUGCAAAGUGGGGUUCGGCGUCGAGAUUGGAACAUUGUCCGAGUCUUUACCAGCGGUGCCCUUUGCGACGAAUUUCGACAACGCCAAUGAAGCAGUGACUUACCGGUUCUUCGAUCCCUUCUGGCCACUGAAGCAGAUGUUCAACAUUGGCAAUGAGGCGGUGUUGUCACGUAGCGUGAAGGUGGUGGACGACUUCACGUACAAGGUGAUCAAAAUUCGGCGUGCCGAGAUGGAUUUGGCCACCUCCGAGGGCCAUGACAAGAAAGCAGAUCUCUUGUCUCGUUUCAUCUUAUUGGGCAAGGACCCUGAGCAGAACUUCACGGACAAGACUUUGCGAGACGUUAUUCUAAAUUUCAUCAUAGCUGGGAGGGAUACGACGGCAGCAACGUUGUCCUGGUUUGUUUACCUGUUGAGUAUUUAUCCCCACGUCGCUGACAAAAUUUAUGACGAGCUUCAUGCUCUGGAGAAAGAUGCCAACAUAAAUGCCAGCCAAACUCUGAACCAGAAGAUGCGAGAAUAUUCAUCCAUUCUAUCAUACGAUGUUCUCACCAAGGUGCAAUACCUCCACGCUGCCAUCACCGAGACCAUCCGACUCUACCCAGCGGUUCCUCAAGAUCCGAAAGGGAUAUUGGCUGAUGAUGUUCUUCCGGACGGGACAGUGCUGAAGAAAGGAGGGCUUGUUAGUUAUGUUCCAUAUGCUCAAGGCCGAGCGAAGGUGAUUUGGGGUGACGAUGCCGAGAGUUUUCGGCCCGAACGCUGGAUCAAGGACGGAGUGUUCAUCCCCUUGUCGCCAUUCAGAUUCAGUGCGUUCCAGGCUGGCCCCCGGAUCUGCCUAGGGAAAGACUCAGCAUAUCUUCAAAUGAAGAUGGUUACUGCACUGUUGUGUCGAUUCUUCAAAUUUGAUUUGAUGCCAGGCCACCAGGUGAAGUAUCGCACCAUGGCAACUCUAGCAAUGGAGAAUGGAGUGAAGAUGUUUGUGACCAGACGCUGAUGCUAAGGUGUCUCUGAACAUUUCUACGAUGAUCGUAGGAAACGUAACAUUGAUGUAAAUUAGCCACAGGAGGAUUAGCUACUGACACGAUGUCAAUGUACGCAACUCUAAACUUUUACUUUAGGAUAUGGAAGUUAGUGCGGACUGAAGGGAAAUCGAUCACUAAUCACCUUCAAUGUAAAAGCAUUUCAACGUGUGCUUGCCUUUGUCAAUAAAGUGAUAACUUUGUUGUUGAAAAA